ACUGUCUGGAGUCAACCUUUUUUUUAUGCAUUAUCUUUUGUACUAAAUCACAUUUUGAGUGAAUAUUUGUGUGUGUGUGUGUGUGUGUGUGUGUGUGUGUGUGUGUGUGUGUGCAAUUUUGAAAACCCCUUGACACAUACUGUAAACUGUACAUAUAUCUUAGUGGUGAACUAUAAAUUAGAACUUGUUCUGUUAAAAUAAUGCUUGUAUAAAUACUAGCGUUAUGUGAACUUACCCACAGGCAGAUAAACUACUCCCUCCAGACUAGUAUAAGCAGUUCAGAAGCACAUUUAGGUCUUAUGACAUACCCAAGAACUAUGCUAUAUGUACUGUAUAGAAAACACACAUAAUCCAGAAGCUCAGCGUUGAUCAGCUGGGACUGUACUAAGUCUUAAAAAGAAAGAAAGAAAGAAAGAAAGAAAGAAAGAAAGAAAGAAAGAAAAUGAGCCAAUUAUAUUGACCAUGAUCACCAGAUAGUGGUGGAUGAACUACACAACCAUAGCCUGGAAGUAUUAUAAUGAAAGAGAAUGCACAGUACUUAAUAUUAUUUCAGUUUUGGGUUGCAGUAGUAAGGACAGCUGUGUCAGUUGAAGUACAAUAUGGAACAAAAGAAAAAAAAAGAAAAAAGAAAAACAUGCAUGAGUACACUGGCCAGUUCUGCAGUGUGACACUGUAAUGCUCAGAGCAGCUGGCGAACAGAGCAGCAGCCCUGGGAUUUGCUAAUGGCAGGGUGGUUUGACAACCAACCCAACGGCCAAAGCUCCAGAACACCCCUAGGGGGCGGGGCUUUAGAGUAAGACCCGCCCUCAGUGCAUUUGGCUGAGCUUUUUAUUGGCGCUACUGUGCGUGUGGCACGAUUACGUUCGUGUUGUGCGCAAAUCAGAGGAAACGCAUGCCACAGCAUAUUGUUAACACUCUGAAUGAGAAACAAGAGCAUUUCAGAUGAAUGAAAACAUGGGAAAAAAGUCAUUUUUAAAAUGCAUUAAAAAACGCAUUAAAAAAAACGUGUUAUCCAACUUUAAGGAAUGUCUGGCAUGAUGUGAAUAAGUACAGGCUUCAACGUGACUGGGACGUUUUCAGAGUAGGACGCAAGAUAUUCACUGGAGAAGUGCGUGUGUGUGUGUGAAUGUGUGUGUGUGUGAGAGAGAGAGAGCGUGACUGUGUGUGUGUGAGAGAGAGUGUGUGAGAGAGACAGAGUGAGAGAGACAGAGAGAGGGUGAGAGAGUGAGCGUGAGUGUGUGAGAGAGACAGAGAGAGAGAGAGAGUGUGUGUGAGACAGAGAGAGCGUGAGUGUGUGUGUGAGAGAGAGACAGAGAGUGAGAGACAGCGAGACAGACAGAGAGAGUGUGUGAGAGAGAGACAUACAGAGAAAGGGUGAGAAAGAGAGAGAGAGAGAGAGAGUGUGAGAGAGAGAGAGACAGAGAGAGAGAGAGAGACAGACAGCGAGAGAAAGAGAGAGAGAGACAGACAGAGAGAGAGAGACGUGUAGAUGAUGAGCUCUGUCCAGCAGUAAAGGUGUCGGUGAGAGAAAGGUCUGGAGACUCGAGUGUGAGUAGCGGUGUAGGGGAGAAAGAGGAGCAGUGCUACACUGCGCAUGGCUCACAGCAGCCAACCGGCAUUCUGCUCACGCUCGGGGCGACCCGGCUUCAUUCCGCCCUCAAUGCUGGGGUUUUUCCGUUCUCCGUGCGCGCAUUCAGUCAAGGGCAGUGUAUGAAUGCGAGUUUCUAAUCCCCAAGAGGGCUUUUCGGUUUCUUUGAAUGUAGGCUGGAUUUCCUAUGUGGAGAACAGAUUGUCGGGGAUUAAGCGGCGCUGCGUGAAGUACAUACACCAAGGACACAGGUCCGGUAGCGUCGUAAAGCAGAACUGAUGCUGGAUGAAGAGAGAGAGAGAAACAGAGAGACAGAGAUCGAGAUAGAGAGAUCAUCAUCUGCCUUCUGAAGGAUGCGUACGAGGUAUCCGAGCGAGCUGCGAUUGGAUAUUUGAUAUAAUAAAGCAGCACUUAACGUGCCAUCGGAUCCGCUCGACUGACCUCCUUUUCUUUUAAAGCCACUAACCUGACAGUGCAAAAAAAGUAUAAAUAAAUGAUGAAUUCUGCACAACGGACCAUGAAUAAAAGGCGGCCUGGUUGUGCAUCCCUGGAUUGUUGGAUUUCAGACUGAGCUUCAGGAGGACACAUGCAGCGAGUUCCUGUAUGACCUGCUGCUAUAGUCAGUCCUGAAACAUAUUAAGGCACUUGAGGCAACCUUGAGGAUUUCAGUCCAAGACCAAGUCUCUUUGUAUGCAGUGAAGAUUAUUAACACUCAGGAAUUUCUGCCAGGAAUAUAUAUAUAUAUAUAUAUCCUAAUCUGCACAUUUACAGUCUGCUUUCAGUGGAUUUGUGCUGCAUGUUUGAGUGGCAUUUUAAUGAAUUAUUUACCUGGCACCCGGUUUUAGUUGAGUAGGAUGGUGAAGUAAAGCUCUGGACUUUUGAUUGUUGGAUAUCUUUUAUUUUUAUUUAUUUAUUUAUUUAUUUUAGUUUUAUAUCUGACUGAAUCAGUGCUUAUCCUGCUGAGUUUGAAUUGCCUUACAGCUGAACAGUUUGAUACAUUUUUUUAAAUCAGAUUUACAAAACAUGCACAUGAUGAACAAGAGCAAGAAACAAACUGCUAUGAAUUGCUGUACUGAGCCAGUCAAUUAGUUAGUCCUAAGUACGACUUUCAGCCAUGUGGUCACUACCUCUCCUUCGUUACACCGAUGUUCCACCACGAGUGACAGAGAGCUUCAUUUUGUCAGGUUACCGCUUCCCUGACUACAGCCUCCUACAGUGCCUGGUCUCGGCAUUCCGUCCUACCAAUGAGACCGGAAACUUCUGGACUCACUUCCUCCCGAUAUUUAUCUUCGGCUUUCAGUUUAUAGAGAUAUUUGAGUGGGAAGGAGCCCCGGCCCCUGGGGAGCCCUUCUUUUACCCAGCCUGGAACUAUUUCUUUGGGGUUCUCUAUCUGCUGCUGGCCAGCAGUAUGGCUCAUCUCCUCAACUCCAUGUCACUGAUCAUCAGAGAGAUCUGCUUCUUUGUGGAUUAUGGAACCAUCAGUGCUUAUACCGUUGGCUCUUCUUUGGCUUACUAUUACUACAUUUACCCACAGGCAGGGAUACCAAUGACUGGGCUUGGGACACCGAAUGUAUCAGAGACACAGUCAAAGAAGGAAGAGGAGUCUCCCUUGGCUCCAUCUUCAAACUCUUUUUUCUCUCUCCUGCAUUUCCACCCAUUUUUUGAUAGCUUGUACAUCCCCUGCUCCUGCCUGGUGGCCAUCGUCUGUGUGUUAAUCUGUUGCAACACCAGACAGCAGUGGAGGAAGUACCGCUAUGCUGUGCGCACCUUCGUUUUCCUUCUGCCCUUCUUCAUUUCAUCCACACCAAUUUUCUAUCGGCUCCUCAGCCCGUCACCGUAUCCUCCUUCCUGUCAGAUGUCUUCUUCUUACCCAUCACCUACAAUGGCCACCUUCUUCUAUCGCCACUGCUUCUGGCUGGUGGUGUCUGCAGCCUUUAACAUUAGCAAGAUCCCAGAACGUUUUUAUCCAGGAAAGUUUGACAUCUGGGGGCACAGUCAUCAGUGGUUCCACUGCUGCACCUUUCUCUCCAUCCUUGAUGAACUCCAUAUGAUCAAGGUAGAGAUCCGAGCCCUGCUGCUUCACCCUUCCUUGGUUAUAGCACCCACCACAAUUCCCCACCUUCCUGGCCCGACUAUCUUCUCCACCUUUGGGCUGAUGCUGCUGCUACAGGGGUGUAUAGCUUCUAUUAUUGUAUGGUUUGGGUGGUGUGCACACCAGAUUUAUGGUCCUGUGCAGAAAGGCCUAAAGGCACACUGAGUGGAGCCAAGCCAGAAACUCCAAUGUGUUUGGUCUGACAGAAUUAUUGUGACAUUGUUGCUGACAGUACCCAUUAUUUAAUCACACAGGACAAGAUUAAUUAUUUCAUUUACCAUUUAUUACCCUGGAAUGCUACAGUUGUGGCCACUACGCACAAUUCAAUAUUGAUAUGGGGAUGGCGUGGCUAUUUUUCUUACCACGUUAGCACUUACAGAGCGUUUAAGAAUCAGCAGAUAAUUCAAUCCUAAGGGGAUUCACCAAACAAACAAGCAUGUAAGUCUUUCCGAGUCUCCUAGGGGGACUUGCUGAUUCUCUUUGCUGGUAUGUUUUACACAUACACACGCACACAUAUGCACUUCCUCCCCUUUUUAAAACAGGAAGUAAAGGAGACGAAAAACUUCAACCAUAGUCUUUUAGCACAGAGGAAAUGAGAGCAUGCGGCUUUAGUGUUGAUGCAAAAUGUACUCGAACAGUGCACAAUUUUAACCCCAUGGUUUAAUGCAGCUAUACUUCAACCUGCUCUCUCUGCACUGAAACUGAAAGCUGAAUAAUGCUAAAAAGUAAUGUUAAAAAAUGCUACUGUUAAUAUAAAAAAAAUCAUAUACUACUGAAUAAGGAUCAAGAUAAAAUCUCUGCUUAUUUAAUAUUGUAACCUAUGCAUGGCUCUUGAUUGUACUUUUAGGUGCAUUGUUUAAAUUAGGAGAAGAAGGGAUGUGGUGAGCAUGGAGAUUUAUAAGUUCAGAUGAAGAAAAAGAAGCCAUAACAUAGUUUCGUAGACAUAUCAACAUGAUUUUUAGCAGGGUUUCCCAUUGGUGAGCUGAAUUUGCACAUAAUCAACCAGUUACUUUCGGAAAUAGUGCACUAAAGGGCAUUUCAGUGAUUACGAGUGCUUUGCUUGUUGUUUACUUAAUUACAAAUCCAUUAUUAAUGUUACAUUACUCCUUUGUAGACAACAAUCUCCCUAGUUCUACCAGUGCCCUUCUUUCCAUCACUUACCUCUUGCAGCUGGUUCUGAAUAUUACUUGAACCCAAAAGAAAGCGUAAAAUAUACCACUGUGACAAACAAGUGCUUAGAUGUCAAUGCUAGACUUGUUUCGGCCUGUGUACAGUAAUAAUUCCUUGGCAGGAGUGCACAUCUAAGAUUAGAUUCCCUUCUUACAUCCUUCUCAUUGUCAGUACAUGUAUGUAGGGAAAAAAGACUCGAACUGAAAUGCUUCCUGAAUGCAGGCCUUGGUGCAUAUAAUCUCUCCCCACUCGGUACACAGUUACUGCAUGCUACUCAGCAUUCUGUCAUAAAUCUGUCAUUACAAAAUCUAAUGCUGUGUUAUGUCUGGCUAAAACGUCAGUGAUACCUUUAUGAUAGACUGUAGAGAGAAGCCUUGCCAGUAACGGUUACUAUGAGUACAUUUUCACAGUUUAAAAGACUAAUGUUUAUAAAAUAGAAUAUAAGUUAACAAUGUGUGUAAAUCUUAAUUCUGAAUGUGCCUGCUAUAUUUGCUUCAUUCAUUUAUGACUCAAUAAUGAGUCAGUGGUGAGUGAGGCAUUUCUGUUGUGCAGUGGAAUAUUUUGCCUCUAUUGGCUUUCACUUAUUGGGAUUUUCUAUGUAUAUGGUGCAUGGAAUAAAUCAUGACGGGGUGUGCUGUUAUAGGAAAAUAAUCAACGCCGGGGUGGUAUGAAGUGGAGCGCUGUUACCACCCCUAAGCUGAAUAUUUUCCAAUAAAGCAUGUUCUGAAGUGUUUUAUACCUCUUAUACCACAGCGGUUGUCUAAUGAUUAAUGGCAACUUAUGUUAUAGUAUGUUACAGUGUUCAACCAUACAAGACCCUGUUACUAUAGAAAUGAUGACAAAUUAGAACAAGUUCAUUAAAAUAAACCCAUCAUUUGAAUUACAGCAGGCGCUUUUGUCAUAGCCCUGCUGUUAUAGAAAAUUGAUCAACACUUUCCGACCAAUCAGAUUCAAGAAUUCAAGAAAGCGCUGUGGUAUAUGUGUCAUUAUAUAAUGGUCUGUCCUAUUUCAGUAGACAUUUCAUAUCCUCCUAGUUUAGGUUAUACCAUACUUCAUGAAUCCAAUGUUAUUUAUAGUACAUUUAUGAUUAAAGUAUGUCUAUACUGUGAGGAAAUGCCAUGAUAAACACAAAUUUGUUAUGUAUCACAAAAUGUGUGGUAGCACCAGCUUUGUGUAUAGACUUCAUUAUGCUAACUCUUCAAGAAUAUACUUUUGCUUAGAAAGCCUACUGUCCUUUCCCACAAUAAUAUUGCUAGUUAAUAUAUGUAAUAUAUUGUGAAGAAUAUGAUUUAGCAUCUGGUGCAAGUGUGUGUGCAUCCAACUUCAAUGUUAACCCUCGUUCUGCAAUCUAUUUAACAUGACAGAAAGACCUCAUUCUUAAAACAUGUGAAAAUAAUGCAGCUGAAACAGAAUAGAAUUAGUGUUAAUAUGUUUGUAUCAAUUCCAUCCUAAUGUUACCACUACAGACAUAUAUAAUACUCUGUAGGGAAAUCUAGAUAGUGCGUACAUUACAUUAGAUGAUUAUAGAUGUGUAAUAGUCAUUUAUAAAGGUGUCUGGUAUAAAGUGAUUUGACCUGACAGAUGCAGUUACAGAACCACUAGACUCGACCAGUCCUAGUUCUCAGGGUUAAACAAAAAGGCAGGAUUAUGAUCUGACGUUCCCGGACACGCUAUGCUUUAUGACUGAUUUUGAUUCAGUCUUAUUUAUGAUUUACAUAUGUAGAUCAUUCUACUUCUAUCUUAAUGACUGAGAUAUAGUUAUUCAACUAUAGAUUAAGAGUUAAUAUAAUUGUAUGAAUAGCUUGUUAUUCCUUUUUACUGUAAUCAAAGACUAUUAUUAGAAAUUAAUAAAUUUAACUUCCUGGAUCAACAA